AUGGGCGAUUCCUAUGACUACAUUAUUUGCGGGGGUGGCACUUCGGGGUGUGUUGUGGCCGGACGUCUCGCUGAGAAUCCGCACAUGAGGAUUCUCGUCAUCGAGGCCGGGCAGCACAAUAAGGACCUGGAGAAUGUUCAUAUGGUUGGCGGUUGGAGUAACAAUUUCGAUUCGGAGACGGAUUGGAAUAUCGUUACAUCGCCAAUGCCCGGUGUCAACAAUCGCCAGGUCAAGCUGAGUAGAGGCAGAUUCCUCGGUGGCUCGAGUGGCUGUAACGGGACGCUCUGUAUACGCGGCAGCAAACAGGACUACAAUGACUGGGGCCUGGACGGAUGGAGUGGGAAUGAGUUCUUCCGACACAUGCAAAAGGCUGAAACAUUCCACACCAAACCGUGGUUCAAAGCUGCCGACAGAUACCACGGGAAAUCGGGUCCUCUCCACGUCGAACCACACGAUCUUGCACCUAUCUCUGAGCGUAUCAUAGACUCAUUCGUCUCCCAGGGUCUUCCGCUCGACCAUGACAUGUUCACAACCGGCGAGACGCCUCAUGGCUGUGGCCAUGUGCCUCGGACAGUGAAGAACGGGAUCCGUACAACUAGUGGCGACUUUAUCACGAACGCAUACCAUCGUAGCAAUGUCACAAUCAUGACAGAUACUACUGUGGAUAGAAUCCUCUUCAAGGACACCCCGAGCGGGCUGAAAGCUGAUGGCGUGGUGGUGCUGACAGCCAGUGGGCAGAGAAUUGUGCGUGCGGAUAAGGAGAUAAUUAUCAGCAGCGGGGCUUAUUGCAGUCCUACAAUCCUUAUGAGGUCUGGAAUUGGCCCAGCGGACGAAUUGCGAAGAAAUGGUAUCCGAUGUGUGGUUGAUUUGCCUGGUGUCGGGCAAAAUCUUCUGGAUCAUCUGAUUGUUUUCAUGUUCUACGAGACGGAAAAACCCGGUCUGACAACGGAUCAUCUCGUCUACCAUAAUGACAAUUUUGAAAAGACCUAUGCUCUUUGGAAGAGCAAGAAACAGGGCUUUCUGUCGACCUUCCCCUUUGGAUGUUUUGCUUUUGCGCGCCUGGAUGAACGUCUUAAGGACGAGCCGCUAUGGAAGAAUGCGCCCCGACAACCGGGUCGUGAUCCGAUGGGAUUGACUCCCCAACAGCCAAAUGUUGAGUUCUUCACCACAGAAUGCUACGGGGGUCCGAAACAAUACGAUCAGUUCCCCAUUGACCACAAACAUGCAUUCUCAAUCAUCGCAGAGCUGUUCUCACCUAAAUCCCGUGGGAGUGUGACAUUGAAGUCGAAGGACCCCCUCGACAAUCCGGUGGUGGACUGCAACUACCUAUCAGAUCCGUUGGACGUUCUCGUCUUAACCGAAGCGUGUAGGUUUGCGAACGAGAUCAUCACCAAGGGCUCUGGGACAAAGGACAUUGUUAAAGGGUCCUGGCCACCCAAUCUUACGCAUCACACCUACACCAAGAGGGAGGAGUGGAUUCCCUAUGUGAAGGAACAUGCCACGACUUGCUACCAUGCGGCAGGGACCUGCGCUAUGGGCCAGGACAGCGAUCCACGCGCUGUCCUUGAUAACCAGCUGCGCGUGCGAGGAGUGACUGGCCUCCGCGUUGCAGACUGCAGUGUCAUGCCAACACUCCACGGAGGUCAUACCCAGAUGCCUGCUUACGGUAUCGGUGAGAAGUGCGCGGAUCUUAUCAAACAGACGUGGACUUCGUCCCAGGUUGGAGCUGUGGCUGUGGCGAAGCUAUGA